CCGGGGAAUGAAAAAAAAGAUAUAUUUUUUUAACGCGGAUGGAUAUUUCCAGUGACGUGGCAGCGUCUAGUUUAUAACGACGCCAUCUUCAACACUCUUGUAGAAAGCAACAAAGACUCUACGGACGACCAACUCAAUCUUUAAUAUCGUCACUUUAUUGUGCCAACAUGCAGAUCUUUGUGAAGACCCUCACUGGCAAGACUAUCACCCUUGAGGUUGAGCCCAGUGACACCAUUGAGAAUGUCAAGGCCAAGAUCCAGGACAAGGAAGGCAUCCCCCCUGACCAGCAGAGGUUGAUCUUUGCCGGCAAGCAGCUGGAAGAUGGCCGCACUCUCUCUGACUACAACAUCCAGAAAGAGUCCACCCUCCAUCUUGUCCUCCGUCUUAGAGGUGGCAUGCAGAUCUUUGUGAAGACCCUCACUGGCAAGACCAUCACCCUUGAGGUUGAGCCCAGUGACACCAUUGAAAAUGUCAAGGCCAAGAUCCAGGACAAGGAAGGCAUCCCCCCUGACCAGCAGAGGCUGAUCUUUGCUGGCAAGCAGCUAGAAGAUGGCCGCACCCUCUCAGACUACAACAUCCAAAAAGAGUCCACCCUCCAUCUUGUCCUCCGUCUUAGAGGUGGCAUGCAGAUCUUUGUGAAGACCCUCACUGGCAAGACCAUCACCCUUGAGGUUGAGCCUAGUGACACCAUUGAAAAUGUCAAGGCCAAGAUCCAGGACAAGGAAGGCAUCCCCCCUGACCAGCAGAGGCUGAUCUUUGCUGGCAAGCAGCUGGAAGAUGGCCGCACCCUGUCAGACUACAACAUCCAAAAGGAGUCCACCCUCCAUCUUGUCCUGCGUCUGCGUGGUGGCAUGCAGAUCUUCGUGAAGACCCUCACAGGGAAGACCAUCACCCUUGAGGUUGAGCCCAGUGACACAAUUGAGAAUGUCAAGGCCAAAAUCCAGGACAAGGAAGGCAUUCCCCCUGACCAGCAGAGGCUCAUCUUUGCUGGUAAGCAGCUGGAAGAUGGCCGCACCCUGUCAGACUACAACAUCCAAAAGGAGUCCACCCUCCAUCUUGUCCUGCGUCUGCGUGGUGGCAUGCAGAUCUUUGUGAAGACCCUCACUGGCAAGACCAUCACCCUUGAGGUUGAGCCCAGUGACACCAUUGAAAAUGUCAAGGCCAAGAUCCAGGACAAGGAAGGCAUUCCCCCUGACCAGCAGAGGUUGAUCUUCGCCGGUAAGCAGCUGGAAGAUGGCCGCACCCUGUCCGACUACAACAUCCAAAAGGAGUCCACCCUGCAUCUUGUCCUGCGCCUCCGUGGUGGCAUGCAGAUCUUCGUGAAGACCCUCACAGGGAAGACCAUCACCCUUGAGGUUGAGCCCAGUGACACCAUUGAAAAUGUCAAGGCCAAGAUCCAGGACAAGGAAGGCAUUCCCCCUGACCAGCAGAGGUUGAUCUUUGCCGGUAAGCAGCUGGAAGAUGGCCGCACCCUGUCCGACUACAACAUCCAAAAGGAGUCCACCCUCCAUCUUGUCCUGCGUCUAAGGGGUGGCCAAUAAUAAGUUACAAUUCUGUGAUCAAGUCAAAAAUAGUGUUGUUAAUUUCAAAGGCAUCUGCUGUGAUGGCCAAAUGUUCAAUGCAAAUGGUUGAAAUAAAAGGUUAAAGCUA